AGAAUUUUCAGGCUUUCUUUCUCCAAAUUCUCUCUCCAAAUGUUUCUCUCUCACUCUCACCCGCGCUUUUUCCCCUAAAUUCUCCCAAAAAUAAAAACCGCUGCCUGAUUUGAAACCACAGUCGCCGGCAGUCUCAGCUUCUCUGAUCGAUUUCAAGUUUCAGCUCAGGCCAAGAUCUGGAAUUCUAGGGUUUACAGAAAAGGGGGUGAAAAAAUGCAGAGGCAAACUAGGCUCAUGGAGAGGAACAACUCCAUGAGAGGGAAGAGGCAAGCGGAAGGGGGAGAGGAGGAGCAGCCGGAGCGGAAGAGGCCAGCUCUCGCUAGUGUAAUUGUUGAAGCUCUGAAGGUUGACAGUCUGCAGAAGCUGUGCUCGUCACUGGAGCCUAUUCUUCGAAGAGUUGUCAGUGAAGAAGUGGAACGGGCUUUGGCCAAGUUGGGCCCUCCAAGACUUAAUGGAAGGUCUUCCCCCAAACGGAUUGAAGGUUCAAACGAGCGGAACUUGCAACUACAGUUUAAGUCCAAUCUGGCUCUCCCCAUCUUCACAGGAGGGAAAGUUGAAGGCGAGCAGGGAGCUUCAAUUCAUGUUGUUCUAGUUGAUACGAACUCUCGCUGUGUUGUAACAUCUGGACCUGAAUCCUCUAUAAAACUAGAUAUUGUUGUGCUUGAGGGUGAUUUUAACAAUGAAGAUGAUGAAGGCUGGACUCAAGAAGAAUUUGAAAGCCACGUGGUCAAAGAGCGUGAAGGAAAGAGACCUCUAUUGACUGGGGACCUGCAAGUGACACUGAAGGAAGGGGUAGGGACAAUAGGGGAUCUGACUUUUACUGAUAACUCAAGUUGGAUACGGAGCAGGAAGUUCAGGCUUGGAUUGAAAGUUGCAUCAGGAUUUUGUGAGGGAAUGCACAUCCGUGAAGCGAAAACAGAAGCUUUUACUGUUAAAGAUCACAGAGGGGAAUUAUACAAGAAACAUUACCCACCAGCACUAAAUGAUGAAGUAUGGAGACUGGAGAAGAUUGGAAAGGAUGGGGCAUUCCAUAAGCGGCUGAACAGUGCAGGAAUACACUCAGUUGAACAGUUUCUUCAGCUUGUGGUCAAAGAUCCUCAAAGAUUACGUAGUAUCCUUGGAAGUGGCAUGUCAAAUAAGAUGUGGGAAGCUCUCGUAGAGCAUGCAAAGACUUGUGCCCUUAGCGGAAAGCUUUAUGUUUAUUAUCCUGAAGACACAAGAAAUGUUGGUGUUGUUUUUAAUAACAUCUACGAGCUCAGUGGCCUGAUUGCUGGGGAACAGUAUCAUUCUGCCGAUACUCUUUCUGACAGCCAGAAGCUCUAUGUAGAUACACUUGUAAAGAAAGCAUAUGAAAAUUGGGAUCAGGUUAUUGAGUAUGAUGGUAAGUCACUUCUGAGCAACAAUAAAAAUAAAAGGUCAGCUGCAGACCACAACGAAUUUCACAUGCGUUCAAUCAGUUACCCUAGUUCUUCAGACCAGCAGCCUCGACUGACAAAUUCAAUUCCCUCGGAACAGACUCUUCUAUCUAAUUCGCCCCUACCAAUUGGAGUUUUUGCGUAUAACCUAGAUCUACUUUCUAGAGCUAUUUUUAUGUGUAGAUACGUCAUGAUGAUCCGAAUACACAUAUUUUUAGAAUUGGCAGGGUAUAAUGAUAAUCUCUCAACAAGAUAUUUGACCCAGCAACCAAUUGUCAAUUCAAAUUCCCGUGCCCAGUUUGAAGGCACCUCGUUUGCACUAGAUGGCCAGUUGAUCAACAGCUCUCAUCAGCCUCAAAACAUAGCAAAUGAUGCUAAUGCUGUUGGGCUUGCCCUUGGUCUUCCACAGUCAUCGACAUCAGGAUUUCAGGCUAUUAAUGCUUCUGUUCAGCCAUCUACUCUUAAUCCCUUAGAUGACUGGGGAACGAACAGAGAAAAGGGAGGUGAUGACUUCUUUUCAGAGGAAGAUAUUCGCAUCAGAAGUCAUGAGAUGCUUGAAAACGAGGAUAUGCAGCACUUGCUCAGAAUCUUCAGUAUGGGAGGCCAUGGCUCUAUUGAUAUGCCUGAUGAUGGAUAUGCAUUCCCAUAUAUGCCAUCUCCAAUGCCCAACUUUGAUGAAGAUCGCACACGUCCUGGCAAAGCUGUUGUGGGGUGGCUGAAAAUCAAGGCAGCUAUGAGAUGGGGUUUCUUUGUCAGAAAGAAAGCAGCUGAAAGGAGGCGGGCACAGCUUGUGGAGUUAGAUGAUGAAUAGAAGCAUAGCAAAGAUGCUAUAAGGUUCUUCUUGCUAUGAGGUCUUUCUAUGUGGUGAUUAUUAUUCCAUGAAUCAAGUCUUCCUUUGCACUUCAAUGUUAUUCUGCAAAUUAACUCGUAACUAUCAACCAGAACCAGCCACAAGUUUGAGGUAUUGGCACUGAUUGAAAAGUGAAAGCUUUAGCCUUGGUAAAUGACUGACACUUGCUGUAGAUCUGAUUGAUAGCAAGGAAUAUUUUCUUGUACAGGUGCCUGUACAGUAAGUAGUUUGUUUUAUUUUUCUUACUUGUGAAGUUUUUGUGGUUUCCUAAGCAGUCUUCUAUCCAUUUGUGAAUGUCUUAUUGCCUCCCUUGUUGACAUCUUAGGGUUUACUUCCAGUAUGUUUAGGUAGGGACCCAAUGUGUUUUAAUCAUGCUCAAGAAUGCUGUCUAGUGUUUUAUAUUGUCUUAGUUUAUGUAUUUUGGAUUGACUGAAUAUAUGAAGUAUAUUUUUACUU